CAGAGUGUUGCCGUCCGGCUGCCCUGCGCUGCCUGCCCCAGAUCAUACAUCCCACCCGCGGAGGGGCACCGGCUGCCGAUCCAUCCGGGGCAGAUGCUUGUGGUGCAGCAUGCCGACUGCCGGGCUCCUACCCCUGCCCCUGGGCAUCGCUCUGCUCCUGAUCUCAGCUGCCUGCCCGUGCACAGGUCUUAAGUGUGUCUGCUUGUUGUGCGAGCAUACAAACUACACCUGCCAGACGGAAGGAGCGUGCUGGACGUCCGUAUUUCUCACGAACGGCAGGGAGGAAGUGAGCAAAUCUUGUAUUUCUCUACAUGAGUUAAAAGCUCAGGUUUACUGCCACAGCUCAAACAACAUCACAAGAACAGAGUGCUGCCAAUCGGAUUUCUGUAACAAUGUAACACUCCGGCUGCCUCCAGUCUCUCCGAGUACAUCCCAUAUGGGCAAUGUGGAGCUCACGGUAAUUGUCACCGUGCCGAUAUGCCUGCUGUCUAUAGCCAUCAUGCUUAUGGUUUACACUUGUCAAGGACGACGUUGUUCUUACAAAAAGUCAAGGAGACAAUGUAUCGAAGAGCCUCUUGCUGAAUGCGCCAUAGAUACUGAUGGAAAGUCGCUGAAAGAUCUGAUUUAUGACAUGACCACAUCUGGCUCUGGAUCAGGGCUACCUCUGCUUGUUCAAAGAACUAUUGCAAGGACAGUUGUCAUUCAGGACAUCGUAGGAAAAGGGCGCUUCGGUGAGGUGUGGCGUGGAAAAUGGUGCGGGGAAGAUGUUGCUGUAAAAAUAUUCUCCUCCAGAGACGAGCGGUCCUGGUUUCGUGAAGCUGAAAUCUAUCAGACAGUCAUGCUGAGACAUGAAAACAUCCUUGGUUUUAUUGCUGCUGACAAUAAAGAUAAUGGCACGUGGACCCAGCUCUGGCUUGUUUCUGAAUUCCAUGAACAAGGCUCCCUUUAUGACUACUUGAACCGCAAUGUAGUAACUAUCAGCGGCAUGUUGAAGUUAGUUCUCUCGAUUGCCAGCGGCUUGGCGCAUCUGCAUAUGGAAAUAGUCGGUACUCAAGGUAAACCAGCCAUAGCACACAGAGAUCUGAAAUCGAAAAAUAUUUUAGUGAAAAGAAAUGAAACAUGUGCCAUUGCCGACCUAGGACUGGCUGUGAAGCACGAUUCAAUAACAAACACAAUAGAUAUUCCACAAAACCCUCGAGUGGGAACAAAGAGGUACAUGGCUCCUGAAUUACUGGACGAUUCCAUUAAUGUACAUCAUUUUGAAUCAUUCAAAUGUACCGAUAUAUAUUCUCUUGGCUUAGUCUACUGGGAAAUAGCCAGGAGAUGUUCAGUGGGAGGAGUUGUAGAUGAAUAUCAGUUGCCUUUUUAUGAUAUGGUGCCUCCUGAUCCUUCCUUGGAAGAUAUGAGAAAAGUUGUGUGUGAACAGAAGUUUCGGCCAAGCAUUCCAAAUCAGUGGCAAAGUUUUGAGGUGCUUCGAGUUAUGGGAAGGAUAAUGCGUGAGUGCUGGUACGCAAACGGAAAGGCCCGCUUGACGUCCCUGCGUAUAAAGAAAACAAUUUCUCAGCUUUGCGUGGAGGAAGAUUUUAAGGUGUAACGCAGCAGAAAGACAGACGGCAGACAGACUGAGAUACGCUUGUGGCUUUCUGGCUGUGUUCGCUCUACCUCAGAAAUAGUGAGCACCGGACCAACUCUAUGAGAAAAAGACUUCAUGGCAGCUUCUUGGUGAAUGUGGUUUGCAACUUGCUCAUCAAACUGGCUUCUGUAUUUUCCAUUGGGUGGGGACAAAAGAAAAACUAAA